AUGGUUCGUGUCGGACCGAGCCAAAUUGACCCCAUUCUACUCGGUCGUAUCGAAAACCCUCCGCUCUCGCUCGUACGGAACUCAACGUUGCAGUUCUUCCAGUUCAAUUGUAUAACCGGGUAUGAACCAAAGAAUACCCCGAACCGGGUGAUCGGUUGGGCUCAUCCUUACCUGAUCGAGCUGUUAAAGCACGCUGACUCGACUUUAUACGUUGAUACUGCUCUUCGACGACUACCUCCUGGGUUCGAACAGUGCAUGGCGUUGGUUAUGUACGAAAAAACGUCCGGGUUUUUCGUUCCGGCGUUCUACGUCUUGUGUACAACUCGGGCAUUGACUAGCUAUCGCAAUGCUCUUUACUUCAUCGUCCAAGCUACGCGACGAAAGCUGAAGCCACAGGAGGUCGUAUGUAGCUUUGAUAAUGAGCUUUACAGGGCUCUGCAACUACAGUUCCCGAACGCUGUCGUGAAAGGCAGUGUAUACCUCUUCAAGAAGGCUUGUCAGACCAGAAUGGAGCAAUUGGAGAUGUCGGAGGAGGCCAUCAAUAUUGCGAUGGAGAAAGGUGUGCUAGAUAUGCUCGCCUCGAUCACUCCGGAUCGAGUUGCUAGUGCAGGAAUUGCCCGGGUGAAGCAGCAGAUUAAAAACAAGUGUAUCACAACUGGAAUUCCUUACUCACGGGAUCAAUGGAGCUCGUUUUGGGUCUACUUCAGACGUGUGUGGAUCUCGCAAUUCUCGCCCGCUAUGUGGAAUAUGCACGGCUUGAACAACAGUAUCAUCACUCGCACUAACAACCCGCUUGAGCACUUCCAGAGGGAACUAGAAAACUCGUUUACAGCGCCAGAGCCGGGUCUACAAUUCUUUGUGGCGACAAUCGAGAGAAUGGCACGUCGACAUGUUGCUGAUCUUGCCGGCGAGACGACUACUCUUCCUAGUGCGGUCGAGGUGUAUAGUGAAAUGGAGGCUGCAAGCGAUGAGGAAAGCGGAGGUGAAUUGAGUGGAGAUGAAGACGAUGAUGACGAUGUCGACUUCAUUAAAAGUGAGUCUCCACGGGGACAUGAUGUGAUUAGCGAUGAGGAAGAGUAA